UUAUUGUUGCACGAUUUUUAUUAUUCGUAUAAAAAUUUUUAUUCUUAUACUGUUAUGCAAAGCUGAUUUAAUUACUUCAUAGAGAGAUAUCAUUAAGUUACAGCGACAUCAGAUAGAAUUCUAGUUGUCCAUCUAACAUAUCUACUACUACCAUUCGCAGAAGCGAAGAAAUAUCGUAAUAUCAGCGUGCGUUCUCUCAACUAUGUUACUCAAUGUUAAUUCUUCAUUCGAUGUUGUGCAUUGUAAUCUUAAAUUAUUUUUAAACUAAUUAAUUUGAUAGUAAUUUAAUAUAAAACAUGAAAUUGAAAAUUAGUUUAUUACUAUAAAUGAAUUAAUGUAACGAUACAGUUAUAAUAUAUAUAAUAAUGAAGUAAUAUAUAAAAAAAUCUAUCUGAUAAUAAUAUUUUAAAAGGUGAAAAUUUUUGAAAAGAAGGACAAACUCAUAGACAUAGAAAGAUCUUAGAGAACUCGAUAACAAUGCAAAACGUCAAUCUCCAGCUGGUGCAGUUUACUUAGUUAGGUACUGUACUGAAACGUCGAUUUGUGAAUGCGUGCGGUGAACGCGCGUUUCCUUGGGGCGGCUUGUUGACCUGCGAUUAUUGAAGAAACCGAUUACGACGAUUACUCGCUAUGCGUGGCUACCCGUAGAUGCGACCCGAUCGGCGAAUAAACCAACCGCUGCGAUAUAUGGAUAAUGCGCCACAAAUUGCGUUUGCGCUCAAAGCUGGCGUGCUUUGAAUUUGACCAAGAAGAAGAUUACAAACUGGAUGAGGAGAACCAAUGGACAAUUGAGAUGAACUCAAUAGGAACUACUAAUAACUCUCAGAAGCAUUCAGUGAACUCGUUUGCAUGUCCAAGGAACGAGAGUUAGAAGAAGAUGGAUAAUAAAGCCUGGCUGCUUGUGUAACGAGAAAUAACGUGAGAGUGACAGCAUCUACCAUAUGCUCACUAUCUACUAUCUAACAUAUUGCUCCGACUCGUUGGUUGGUUCUUAUAAAUGGCUAAAGGCGACUUUACAUCGUCCAUACGCCAGUCACUUGCUCCGACUCUUGGACUAAGUCAUGGUGGUACGAAUAUCUAGAUGUGUACCAUUCGAAGACGUUUUGAUUGGACCCAGAAUUUGAUUGGUCAACCAUGUGCUAGUUACUUUAGCCAUCGGUCUCUGAUUGAUCUACUUAUCUAUUAUAUAAUGGAUGGUUUAGAUUUAUUUAAUAUAUUUCUUCAGACACAUAAGCCACAACUUCAAUGUUAUGGCGUCCCACAAUUAUUCUGGGAAAAUCUGUACAAGAAAUUGAAGAAUCAAAUUUUUGAUAGUGGCCUCGUCUUUCAAUUAGCAAAGAUGGAAUAUGAGAACGAAGAAAGACACGUUACUGAGCCAAUUUGGAAACUAAUUGUAUCUGCGGAAAAUGGUAUUUCUGUAGAAGAUCCAAAUAAUAUUUACCUAAUUGAUCAUGCCUGGACUUUUGAUAUUGGUAAUGCUCGACAAAAUUUAAUUCAAGUACCCAAUCUGCUUGAUCGUAUGUGCUUAUUGAUGGGCCUAGAUGUUGAAGCUGAGGAACAGGAAAAAAUUGAAAAUAUUAUGAGAGAAAUGUGGCGAUACAAUCAGUCAUAUUCAGUAAAUUAUGGAGCAAUAGAAGACAGGAUGCCAGUAUGGUAUGUUAUGGAUGAAGUUGGAUCAGCGAUAAACCACAGUGAUGAACCAAAUUUUAGAGCAGUACCUUUCCUGCACAUGCCAGAAGGUGUAAUUUAUACACUUUUGUUUCCUAUAAAAGAUGUUGAUACAGGGGAUGAAGUUACAAGAGAUUUUGUAGAGGGUCAAACAAAAGAUCCUCAAAAGAGACGUGCAUUAUUAUUGCCUUGGAUCGACAGCACCUUUGAGGAUGAAAGUUUUGAACAGACUGAGCCAGAUGUUGAUUACUUUUUAACAGGUCAUACUCUUGAAAGCUUGCCAGAAGUAAUGGAUGAAUUGAAGAUAGAUGCUAGUAAAAAAUUAAAAGUUUUCUCACAUUAUGAUAAUGUAAAUAAUUAUUUGACAGAUUCAGCAUUUGAAAUUAUUGAUAAUGAAGAAGAAGCAGAUAUAUUGUGGCUUGUGUCUCAUUAUAAAACUUAUAGAGAAUUGAAUCAUUCUUCGCCUCACGUUUUUGUAAAUCAAUUUCCAUACGAAAACGUUUUGACGAUAAAGGAUCUCUUGUCGAUUGUAUGUAGAAGAAAAGCAACGGAUAAAUUGUAUGAUCCAGAUACUCUGGAGACUUAUCCAGCAUGGUUACCAACAACAUACAACUUGAGCACAGAAUUGAUGCAGUUUGUUGCUUACUUUACACGACGAGCGGAUAAGGAUUUGGAUAAUCAUUGGAUUUGCAAACCGUGGAAUUUGGCGAGAGGCUUGGACACUCACAUCACGAACAAUCUCUAUCACAUCCUGAGAUUACCUUGCACGGGGCCUAAAAUCGCGCAGAAGUAUAUCGCGCAACCAGUUUUAUACAAUAGGCCGGACAUUAAUCAAGUGAAAUUCGACAUAAGAUACGUUAUAUUGCUGAAAUCUGUAAAACCACUGCGUGCUUACGCUUACGCAAACUUUUUCCUGCGCUUUGCAAAUCUACCAUUCGCGUUGAACAAUUUUGAUGUAUACGGCCAACAUUUCACCGUCAUGAAUUAUACCGAAGAAGAUGCGCUCUUUCACUUAAAAUGCGCCGAUUUCAUCGUGGAAUGGGAUAAUCAGUAUCCCGAUUAUCCCUGGAAGAGCUACGUCGAACCGAAGAUUCUUUUCGUUUUACGAGAGGUUUUCGAAGCCGCAAUCGAGCAACCCCCGCCGAAAGGAAUUGCUGAGAAUCCGCAAAGCAGAGCCGUGUAUGCCGCCGACUUGAUGUUGGAAUGGAGAGACUCCGAAAUGCAGCCCAAGUUGUUGGAAAUAAAUUUUACACCCGAUUGCCAGCGAGCGUGUGAAUAUUAUCCUGAUUUCUAUAAUGAUAUCUUUAAAUGUCUAUUUUUGGAUAUUGACAAUCCAAAAAUCUUUCAUAUAUUAAAUUGAGUCGAACGCGAUAAGAGAUCGUUUGUACACUUUAGUUUUUCUAAAGAAAAAAAUACAUGUUAAGUAUUUUUUAAUUAAA